AUGUCAGGGGACUAUGAGGAUGACCUCUGCCGGCGGGCACUUAUCCUGGUCUCUGACCUCUGUGCACGGGUCCGAGAUGCCGACACCAGUGACAGGUGCCAGGAGUUCAACGACCUGCGGAUCCGAGGCUAUCCCCGGGGCCCAGAUGCAGACAUCUCCGUGAGCCUGCUGUCAGUCAUCGUGACGUUCUGUGGCAUUGUCCUUCUGGGCGUCUCCCUCUUCGUGUCCUGGAAGUUGUGCUGGGUGCCCUGGCGGGACAAGGGAGGCUCAGCAGUGGGCGGCGGCCCCCUGCGCAAAGACCUAGGCCCUGGGGUCGGGCUGGCAGGUCUAGUAGGCGGUGGCGGGCACCACUUGGGGGCUGGCCUAGGUGGUCAUCCACUGCUGGGCGGCCCACAUCACCAUGCCCACACCACCCACCAUCCACCCUUCGCCGAGCUGCUGGAGCCAGGCAGCCUGGGAGGCUCUGACCCCCCUGAGCCCUCCUACUUGGACAUGGACUCAUAUCCAGAGGCCGCGGCAGCCGCGGUGGCCACUGGGGUUAAACCAAGCCAGACAUCCCCUGAGCUGCCCUCUGAGGGCGGGGCAGGCUCUGGGCUGCUCCUGCUGCCCUCCAGUGGUGGGGGCUUGCCCAGUGCCCAGUCUCAUCAGCAGGUCACAAGCCUGGCACCCACCACCAGGUAUCCGGCCUUGCCCCGGCCCCUCACCCAGCAGACCCUGACUCCGCAGCAGGACCCGGGCAGUGAGGAGCGGCCACCUGCCCUUCCCUUACCCCUGCCCGGCAGCGAGGAGAAGGCCAAGCUCAUUGGGCAGAUCAAGCCGGAGCUGUACCAGGGUGCCGGGCCGGGAGGGCGCCGGGGCGGCGGGGCUCCAGGCUCGGGCGAGGUUGGGGCGCCGUGUGGCCGCAUCAGCUUUGCCCUGCGCUACCUCUACGGCUCCGAUCAGUUGGUGGUGCGCAUCCUGCAGGCCUUGGACCUCCCGGCCAAGGACUCCAACGGCUUCUCGGACCCCUACGUCAAGAUCUACCUGCUGCCCGAUCGCAAGAAAAAGUUUCAGACCAAGGUGCACAGGAAGACCCUGAACCCUGUGUUCAACGAGACGUUCCAGUUCUCCGUGCCCCUGGCUGAGCUAGCGCAGCGCAAACUUCACUUUAGCGUCUAUGACUUUGACCGCUUCUCGCGGCAUGACCUCAUCGGCCAGGUGGUGCUGGAUAACCUGCUGGAGCUGGCUGAGCAGCCUCCCGACCGCCCUCUCUGGAGGGACAUCGUGGAGGGCGGCUCGGAAAAGGCAGAUCUUGGGGAGCUCAACUUCUCACUCUGCUACCUCCCCACGGCCGGGCGCCUCACCGUGACCAUCAUCAAAGCCUCUAACCUCAAAGCGAUGGACCUCACCGGCUUCUCAGACCCCUAUGUGAAAGCCUCUCUGAUCAGCGAGGGGCGGCGUCUGAAGAAGCGGAAAACUUCCAUCAAGAAGAACACGCUGAACCCCACGUACAACGAGGCGCUCGUGUUCGACGUGGCCCCAGAGAGUGUGGAGAACGUGGGGCUCAGCAUCGCGGUGGUGGACUACGACUGCAUCGGCCACAACGAGGUGAUCGGCGUGUGCCGCGUGGGACCCGAUGCUGCCGACCCCCACGGCCGCGAGCACUGGGCUGAGAUGCUCGCCAACCCCCGCAAGCCCGUGGAGCGCUGGCAUCAGCUGGUGGAGGAAAAGACUUUGACCAGCUUCACGAAAGGCAGCAAAGGACUAUCAGAGAAAGAGAACUCAGAGUGAGGGGUCUGGCCUAGGCUUGGGAUCGGACCAGGCCCCCUCAGGACCCCAUCCCUUCCUGCCCGGACCGUGAAUUCAUCUCCUCGAAGCCAUAACGUCCGAGCUGCGUGGUGCGGGGUAGCCCUGGGCCUCAUCUUUCUCACCCCCAGAGGUGUGAGGGUGGGAGGCAGGCCGGUCCAGCUCCCUGUUUCAGGGUGAGGGGCAUUCAGUCUCCACUGUGUCUGUCUUCCUUUCCCUGGGGCUCCCACUCGAGGCAAGGGGCUGUGCAUGUUUGGGGGACCCCUGCCCCCCAAACCCUCUAUCUGUCCCUUUGCUGUUUUUCCAAGACUUGGUGUCCUGACCCCUGUUCUCACUGUGAAUGUCAACGGACCGAUCCUCUGUUUCCCCAGACACACACACACACACCUGCGUCCUGUGUCCACCCUUCUGUCUGCCCCACCCCGCGUCUGGCCGAUCCCCCCAACUGCUGCUGCUAUCAACGCCAGAAUAAACACACACCAUGGGUCUCACUCCA